AUGACAUCAACAAACCAGACAGCCCUGAGUUUUUUGGUAUUAAUCUUCUUCUCUGCUACUUUGCUUUCACACACUACAUCAAGGUUGCUCCCUGAAACUUCCAGCUAUGAGAGCCACGAACAAUGGAUGGCUCGUUAUGGACGCGUGUACAAGGAUGCCGAUGAGAAAGAACAACGUUCAAAGAUUUUUCAAGAGAAUGUUCGGUACAUAGAGUCAUCCAACAGUCUCAUGAACAAAGCUUACAAACUAGCAGUCAAUGAGUUUGCAGACCUUACAAACCAAGAGUUCACGAGCACAAGGAACCGAUUCAAGGCACACGAAUGUUUCCCAUCGACCUCUGCUUUCAGGUAUGAAAAUGUGACAGUAGUUCCAUCAUCAAUGGACUGGAGAAAGAAAGGCGCAGUAACACUUGAGACGUAG